AUGGCUUCCGCACCCCCAGCGGCGGACUCCCCCUCGGCGGCCACGACCUCGAGCACCGACUCCAAGCUAGAGGUGUGGAAGGACAUGCUGUACGAAAAAUUCCAAAAGGCCGGCGACGAGAACGACCUCUUCACCCAAUACGACCUCCUCGACUUUGACGUGAUUCCGAACCGCGACACCGUCACCCUCUUGAAAUGCCUCCAGAGCCUCACAAACGACCGCCUCCUCAUCGCCGUCUCCUCCCAGACCGGCCUCGCCUGGCGAUGGCGCUCCGUCGAAGAUGCGGAAAAGUACAAACUCUGCACAACAGAUGAACAGCGUAUGGUCUACGGCGCAAUAGACGAAGCAGGCGGCGACGGAAUCUGGUCCAAAUCAAUCCAGAACCGCCUCAAUAUGCACGACUCGGUCCUCAAAACAGCCCUCAAACAGCUCCAGGGAAAGGGCCUCAUCGCCCCCUUCAAGAACGUGGAACAUCCCAACAAGCGCAUGUUCAUCAAGGCCUCCAUGCGGCCCUCGGAACGCGCCACCGGCGGACCCUGGUUCACCGACUCUUCGUUCGACGAGGCCUUCAUAGAGGAAGUCCAGCGCGUCAUCUUUGACUAUGUCAAGCGUAAGAGCACCUACCACAGCACCGGCUCCUCCUCCACGUCCGCCACAGCCCGCACCGCUGUGCCCAAGAAGGGCGUCCUCAAGGGUGGCCCGCCGGACACCAAGGGCAAGAAGCGCAGCGCGGGGGAAAUGUCAGGCACAAACGACGCAGAGAAUAAGUCUUCUCCCGCAGUCCAACCCCCCAAGCGAGAACCAACCUGCCUGCCCCUCCCCGCCGGCUUCAAAGAAUACCCCACCACGCGCGAGAUCGCGCGCUUCGUCUCUCAGUCCGGUAUCACCAGCGACACGAUCCUCGGCGAAGAAGACAUGCAGAAGCUCAUUGACGUGCUCAUAUUUGACGGCCUCAUCGAGCCCAUCCGCGUCUCGGGCCGGCUGGGCUACAGAGUCUGCCGCGCCCCGCGGCAGAGCAAGACGCCGUGGGCGGGCCGCCAGGACGAUGAGGGCGCGCCGGAGCCGUUUGUCAAUGGGUACACGGAGGCUCCUUGCGGCCGGUGUCCCGUGUUUGAGCUUUGUGAGGAGGGCGGUCCCGUCAGCGCGAGCAAUUGCGUCUAUUUUCAGCGGUGGUUAGGCUUGGAAUGA